UCGAAGCCUGAUUUCCACUUUCCGUAAGUCGCGGCAAAAACGGGCGCAGCCUGAAUUUCACAGAUCACACCCUAAAACUUCUGGCGAAUACCUCCACAGUCUAUCAACCUCUUCCAGUAAUUGGCCAAUAUGAGGCUACUCGUUUUCACGCUCUGCGUGAUCCUGGCUUUGGCCACCAGUUCACUUGCGAAAGUUCACAAGAUGAAGCUGAAGAAGGUCCCGAUGACCAAGAAGAGUCUCUUGUCAGAAUUCACACACGCCCAAGCACUCAAGCAAAAGAUUGUCUACUCCCACAUCACGGGCGCAAGCAAGGAGACCCGCGCGGCUCUCAUGUCCCAACUGAGCUCCGAUGUCGUUGCCGAAGGCAAAGCUCACGGCAUCCCGCUCACCAACUUCAUGAAUGCUCAAUACUUUGGUGAAAUCACCAUUGGAACCCCGCCCCAGACUUUCUCUGUCGUGCUCGACACCGGUUCCUCGAACUUGUGGGUCCCAUCUACCCGUUGUAGUUCGAUCGCUUGCUGGUUGCACCGUCGCUUUGAUGCCGGCAAGUCCAGCACCUUCAAGGCGAAUGGAACCUCUUUUGCGAUUCAGUACGGCAGUGGUGCUUUGGAGGGUAUCAUUAGCAACGACGUCCUCGGAGUCGGUGAUUUGAGCAUCAAGAACAUCGACUUUGGUGAAUCCACCAAGGAGCCCGGAGUCACCUUCGCAGUCGGUCGUUUUGACGGCAUCUUCGGUCUUGCCUUCGACAACAUUGCUGUGCAGAAGGUUGUACCCCCGGUCUACCGGAUGAUCGAGCAAGGACUCUUGGACGAGCCCCUCUUUGGAGCUUGGUUCGGCGAUAAUGCGGACGGCGGUGCCGGCGGUGAAAUCACCUUUGGUGGUGUUGACAAGUCGCACUACACCGGCGACAUCACCUGGGCACCGGUCAUCCGUAAAGGCUACUGGGAAGUCCAACUCCAAAACGUCACCCUGGGCAACGAGAACCUCGGCGUCUCGACCUUCCGCGCGGCCAUCGACACUGGCACAUCCUUGUGCGCUAUCCCCGUCGCUGAAGCCGACGCUAUCAACAAGCGUAUCGGAGCCAAGAAGGGUUUGAACGGCCAAUACACCGUUGACUGCAACACCGUUGCGAGCUUGCCGGUGCUGAAACUUCAGUUUGGAGGCCGGGAGUUUGAGUUGGAGGGCAAGGACUACACCCUCAAUGCUGGAGGGAGCUGUGUGUCCGGAUUCAUGGGGAUGGACAUCCCUGCCCCGGCCGGACCACUCUGGAUCGUCGGCGACGUAUUCCUCCGCAAAUACUACACCAUCUACGACCACUCCGGACCGCGUGUUGGUUUCGCUGACGCUGUCUAAAUCCCGAACGCCUCAUCACAUCUCACCCCUUGAGCCUUGACAACAUCUCGCAUCUACAUAGUACUCACUUAUCCAUGUAGACAUGCCAUUAGUCCCGACCUCUUUUCAUACGCGGCUUGUCUCUGUACCUUAUCUUAUGGGAAUAGUCAGGAUUGCGUUUUUUGAGAGUGUGCAGUAUCUCAAUAAGGGGCUUUCGAUGCAGAGAGGAGAGCGGCUUCAUUGGACAGCUGCCACCAACUCAAGUCGAUCGCCAUUCCAAGGAUUGACGGAGCCACUGACAGAUUAUUCAAUGGAUCUCGCAGAGUAGCUCUAGAUCAAAAAUCUAGCGAAGAUUUCCAAAUCAUCGCUUGUUAACAUGCCGUUGAGGGGCUCAUUCCGAAAGGUUCAUGUGAGUCUCAUUCAAACACUGUCUGGAUCUAUCUAUCCAUGGUACUGUACAUAUCCAUACCUCUCUGCUCCGCAAUAAGUCAAAUCCGUAAUCUGAACUAG